AAAAACAGAGCUCAAACAACCUUUUUUCUGAACUCAAGAAUUCACUUUUGUGCGAAACUGAAGAAUACACGGAGGGAGAGCAAUUCCCUUGUGCCGCUGCUGCAAGUCGUCGCACCGACGGUUGCCGGCGAGGCCAAAUUCACAUAUUCCAUCUCCACCUCUCUUCUUACACUGUUUCAAAAUCUUGUUAGAAUCUUCAGAUGAUAAAUCUAAGAACCUUCGUUCCGAUCCUAACGGCGGUCGUAAAGAUUUCGUUGUGAAAAGCUACGUCUAUUCUAAUCAACCUGCGGUUCAAGUAACGCCGGCGAGCCGCCGACGCCGCCGCUGCUGCAGCGGUGGAUGAUGCGCGUCAUUCCGGCCGAGAGUGAAGAGGAUCGCUUGCUCGUGGAUUGAUGGUAAUAGGAAUUGACAGGAAGAGACGAUAACGAUUGAGGUCCGUUGGAGGCUGGAAAUUGGGCCGAAAUUUUCUUCCACCACGGUUGUAGUGAACGGGACGCACAGGACUCCGAAGUCACGUGCCCUCCCCGUGCUUCUGCUGCACAUUUCCUCUCUUACGUCUCUCUGACCAAUUAGCUGGAUGAAGCUUUAGGGCGUCGUUUAUCGACUAUUCUGUUGUUCUGUUUCAUGCUUCUCAAGUUUCAAGGCAGUAGAGAUUAGAGGUGAAGCUGUUGAGAUUGACUUAUUUCAACAUAUCAAUGACCUACACACCUCCAACAUGGGCAACAUUAGCUGCUGCUGCAUUUGUUUUUUUGUCGCUUGUUCUAUCACUGUAUCUGUUGUUUGAGCACCUUUCUGCAUAUAAGAAUCCGGAGGAGCAAAAGUUUUUGAUUGGUGUUAUCCUAAUGGUGCCAACUUAUGGUGUAGAAUCUUUUGUAUCAUUGGUGUACCCAUCAAUAAGUGUUCAUCUUGAGAUACUGCGAGAUUGCUACGAAUCCUUUGCUAUGUACUGCUUUGGACGUUACCUGGUUGCUUGCUUGGGUGGGGAAGAAAGGACCAUUGAAUUUUUGGAGAGAGAAGGACGUUCAAAUACGAAGACACCAUUAUUAGAACAUAGCCUAGAGAAGGGAACAAUCAAGCAUGUUUUCCCCAUGAACCUUUUCUUAAAGCCUUGGAAAAUUGGUGGAUGGGUUUACCGUGUUAUCAAAAUUGGAAUCGUCCAAUAUAUGUUGAUAAAGUCCCUAACGUCUAUUUUGGCUGUAGUUCUUGAGAACUUGGGCGUUUACUGUGAAGGAGAUUUUAAUUACAAAUGCGGGUAUCCCUAUAUGGCAGUGGUUUUAAAUUUCAGUCAAUCAUGGGCGUUGUACUGUCUGAUUCAGUUCUAUGCAGUUACAAAGGAGGAAUUGGUACAUAUAAAACCACUGGCCAAGUUUUUGAUGUUUAAAUCUAUAGUGUUUUUGACUUGGUGGCAAGGUGUUGGAAUUGCUCUCCUAUCUGCCCUUGAUUUGUUCAGGAGUCCUGUAGCCCAAGGGUUGCAGUUUAAGUCAAGUGUACAAGAUUUCAUCAUUUGUAUAGAGAUGGCCAUUGCUUCUGUGAUUCACUUAUAUGUAUUUCCAGCAAAACCAUACGAACUUAUGGGAGACCGUUAUACUGGAAGUGUUUCUGUUCUUGGCGACUAUGCAUCUGUCGACUGUCCUUUAGAUCCAGAUGAGAUCAGGGAUAGCGAGCGUCCUACCAAGUUACGCCUACCCCAGCCCGACGCAGAAAACCAAGAUACCAGGAUGGGAAUGACAAUCAAAGAGAGCGUCCGAGAUGUCUUUGUCGGUGGUGGCGGUUAUAUUGUGAACGACCUGAGAUUCACAGUAAACCAAGCAGUCGAACCUGUGGAAAAAGGAAUAACAAAGUUCAAUGAAAAACUACAGAAGCUCUCCCAAAACAUUAAGAAACGAGACAAGGAUAAAAGAAGAACCAAGGAUGAUAGUUGUAUCACAUCUCCCACACGAAAAGUUAUUCGAGGAAUAGACGACCCCCUUCUGAACGGGAGCUUCAGCGAUAGCGGGGUCAUAAGGGAAAAGAAGAACCGUCGAAAGUCGGGUUAUUUAAGUGCAGAAAGCGGAGGAGAAAGCAGCAGCGAUUUUGGUUAUGGAAAGUACCAAGUCGGGGGCCAUCGGUGGAUCACCAAAGAGUAGUAAAAGGUAAUAGAUUCUUACUGCCCUUAUAACAAAGCAAGAAAAAAAGAGGCCGGUUGUGGUUCACAUAUCAAGAGAUGUGUAUUGAAGUUUCAAAUGCCUGAAUUUCUGCUUUGUGUGAGCCAUCUGCAAAUGUAGUUAUGGCAUGGCAAUGAUGGGGGGGAGAUUCACCAAAUGCCAAGGUAAUUUCUUGGUGCAAAGAGGAUAAAUGAAUCUAUUGCUUAGUGUAUUAUCAUGAUUACGAACUAUGGGCUUGCUUACUGUUCUUGUAAAUAGCUGCCUAUGAGUGACAGAAUUGGUAUGUUUUGCAUUAUUUAUUUGUGGGGUGGACAGAUAUUAGUAGAAAGAUUUGUAAAAUCUUAUCGAUGGAUGUGUUUAACGAUCUUUAAACUUAGUAUUCUUGGAAUUGGAGAAGCUUCAUGUUACUAUAGAUUCGACUUUCUGCACAUGUAC